AUGUUUACUCCAGAAAAACCAAAUAAAUCGAGAUGGAGAAAACGUAAUAUUGAAGGCAGAGCAAGAGUGAAAUCGAAAACACGCAGAAAUCUUGGCCACAGUUACAGAGAUUUCAAAGGUCGACAACGAGAGUCUAAAGUAUUAGGUCCACCAUGUCAGUGCAAAAAGAACUGCAGACAACUGCUCCAAGAAACUGCUUCUACUAUAUUCCAUGCAUUUUGGGACUUGAACUCGUAUGACGAACAGAAUACAUAUCUAUUUUCUACUGUGAAGGUUAUACCUAAAAAGAGAAGCUACAAAAAAAAAACUAAACGCGCGGAAUCGGCUCGACGAGUAACAAACCAAUAUUUUGUCAAAGUAAAUGGAGUUGACAUUCAAAUAUGUAAGACUGAAUUUUUAUCGGUCCAUGGACUUCAAAACUCCAGUAAGCGAUUAAAACUUAUCGCUCAGCAAAUUGUUGAAGGCAGGACAACUCCAAAAAGGGACGGUAGGGGCAAACAUCAAAACAGACCCAACAAAAUUUCUGCAGAAAGAGUUCAGUCUGUUCAUGACCAUAUUAAAGCCAUUCCGAAAUAUGUGAGCCAUUACAGUCGGAAAGUUAAUCCAAAUAGAGUUUUUCUAAACCACGACCUCAACAUAUCUACUCUCUACAAGGACUAUUAUGUCGAGUGGUGCAAAGAACGUGGAAUAGCACCAGUAAAAGAAGAUCGGUAUAGACGAAUAGUCUGUUCUGAUUACAAUAUAGGAUUUAAGUUGCCCAAGAGUGAUACUUGUCAUACAUGCGACUUCCUUAAUAAUCAAAUGGAAGCAAAUAAAGAAAACCUGGAGGAAUUCAAUGAAUUUAAAACACAACUGCAGCUUCAUCAGACGAGAGCACUUGCCAUGCAGGAUAGCUUGAAAAAAGAGGUAUCAGACAAUGCGAAAAAUUCCACGUGUAUAAUAUCAUUUGAUUUACAGCAGACUCUUCCCACGCCUUCGCUAACUGUGGGUCCUGCCUUCUAUUUACGAAAGGCUUGGACGUACAACCUCGGCAUACACGAUUGUGUCACUGGCAAAGGUAGCAUGUUUUUGUGGGCAGAAACUACUGCAAAAAGGGGAAGGGAAGUGAAGAGAUUGCAAGCAUCCUGCUGA